GCCGCGGCGGCCGGACCUCCAAUCUCCUCGGCGGCGGCGCCAGGGGGAGCUCGCGGCCCGCCGCCCGCAAGGCUGUCGCGUGUUGAGGUGGAGCCGGGCCGGCGAAAUAGUGCCCGAGGGAAGGCGCGGGGAAGCUGGGUCUGGGCUCAGGAGAGCGGGGGCGCUGAGAGGACGGCUGAAGAGGAAGAUGCCGGGUACCGACCUUCUGAUGUCGAAGGCCUUUGAACCCUACUUCGAGAUUUUGGAAGUAUAUUCCACAAAAGCCAAGAAUUAUGUGAAUGGGCAUUGCACCAAGUAUGAGCCCUGGCAGCUGAUUGCAUGGAGUGUCGUGUGGACACUGCUGAUAGUCUGGGUCUAUGAGUUUGUCUUCCAGCCCGAAAGUUUAUGGUCAAGGUUUAAAAAGAGAUGUUUUAAGCUCAUCAGGAAGAUGCCUAUUAUUGGUCGCAAGAUCCAGGAUAAGUUGAACAAGACCAAGGAUGAUAUUAGCAAGAACAUGUCGUUCCUCAAAGUGGAUAAAGAGUAUGUGAGAGCUCUACCCUCUCAAGGUCUGAGCACGUCUGCAGUUCUGGACAAGCUCAAGGACUACAGCCGUCUGGAUGUCUUGUGGCAGGAAGGGAAAGCCUCUGGAGCUGUGUACAGUGGGGAAGAGGAGCUCACGGAACUCCUCGUGAAGGCCUAUGGCAAUUUUGCCUGGAGUAAUCCUCUGCAUCCAGAUAUCUUCCCGGGACUGCGGAAGAUCGAGGCAGAGAUUGUGAGGAUAGCUUGUUCCCUGUUCAAUGGGGGACCAGAUUCCUGUGGAUGUGUGACCUCUGGGGGCACAGAAAGCAUAUUGAUGGCCUGCAAAGCCUAUCGGGACCUGGCCUUCGAGAAUGGGAUCAAAACUCCAGAAAUUGUGGCCCCCCAAAGUGCCCAUGCUGCAUUUGACAAAGCAGCCAAUUAUUUUGGGAUGAAGAUUAUUCGGGUUCCACUGAACAAAAUGAUGGAGGUGGAUGUUCGGGCAAUGAGAAGAGCCAUCUCCAAGAACACUGCCAUGCUCGUCUGCUCUACCCCCCAGUUUCCUCAUGGCGUCAUAGAUCCUGUCCCUGAAGUGGCCAAGCUGGCUGUCAAAUACAAAAUACCUCUUCAUGUAGACGCUUGUCUGGGGGGCUUCCUCAUCGUCUUUAUGGAGAAAGCAGGAUACCCACUGGAGCAACCAUUUGAUUUCCGGGUGAAAGGUGUGACCAGCAUUUCAGCUGAUACCCAUAAGUAUGGCUACGCCCCCAAAGGCUCUUCAGUGGUGUUGUACAGUGACAAGAAGUAUAGGAGCUACCAGUUCUUCGUUGACACGGAUUGGCAGGGUGGCAUCUACGCUUCCCCGACCAUGGCAGGCUCACGGCCUGGUGGCAUCAGUGCAGCCUGUUGGGCCGCCUUGAUGCACUUCGGUGAGAGCGGCUAUGUCGAAGCUACCAAACAGAUCAUCAAAACUGCUCGCUUCCUCAAGUCAGAACUGGAAAAAAUCAAAGGCAUCUUUGUUUUUGGGAAUCCUCAAUUGUCAGUCAUUGCUCUGGGCUCCCGUGAUUUUGACAUCUACCGACUAUUUAACCUGAUGACUGCUAAGGGGUGGAACUUGAACCAGUUGCAGUUCCCACCCAGUAUUCAUUUCUGCAUCACGUUAGUACACACCCGGAAGCGAGUAGCCAUACAGUUCCUAAAGGACAUCCGGGAAUCUGUCACUCAAAUCAUGAAGAAUCCUAAAGCAAAGACCACAGGAAUGGGUGCGAUCUACGGCAUGGCCCAGACAACCGUUGACAGGAACCUGGUGGCAGAAUUGUCCUCGGUCUUCUUGGACAGCCUUUUCAGCACAGAUACUGUAACUCAAGGCAGCCAGAUGAAUGGUUCUCCAAAACCCCGCUGAACCUGACCCCUUUCUGCCCCUGAGGGACUUCUGGCCUCCAGACGAUUCUCUGGGUGUGGAACAGGCCACAUACAGUUUCACCAUCUGCUCUCGCUCAAUAGAGCACAGCAAGACAGACCACGAGACAGCUUGAUCCUCAGGAUUCUUGUUCCUCCCUUGAUAAAGGGAUAAAUAAUUCCAUUAUGUAAUUAUUUUGCCCUUGUUCUAAAUGUUACCCUAGCAGUUGUUUUAACCAUUUCCUUCUCUAACCUCUCUGGCUUUCAGCUUCACUUGAUCCUUGUGGGGCAGCUCUGACCUGACCUGACUCCUUAGGGAAGCCGAGUUCAGUUGAUGAGAUAGAAAAAGGCUUUCUCGGGGAUCUCAGGCGGAUGGGUUGGAUAGGAAGCUUUGAGCGAACCGCUGUCUCCCAGGUGGGUCUUGGGUAUGCUUUAAGCAGGAGGCGUUUUCACGCCUCCUCGCUGAGUAGUUUAGUUGUCUCUCUUAGAGUCACUUUUAUUGCAACUUAUUUUAUUUUUCUAGGACACAGAUUGACCAGGCUGUUGUGCCUACCAUUCAGGAUUGGAGUGGGCAAGCUUAUCUGCUCAGUCUACAAGGCAGGGUUUGGAGUGGUCCAUUGGUCCUGUUGUGCAAUUGCAGUCCCCAUUUGAUACUUGAUUGCCACCAUCUUUUGAGAUUCUUGUUUGAAGUUAUGCUCCCAUUAGUUUGUUCUUGUUUCCAUGGACUGGGAAGAGAAUGUGGUUUCUAGAGAAUCUAGGACUUUCUGGCCCUGGUGCUGCCUCUGAAUUGGCAGUGUUCAGAACCCACCUGAACUCCCUCCUGGGCUGGUGAUGAAACCAGACCCUUUUCCAACCUUUUCUGAGUAUCAGAGUAGGAUGAGCACCCAAACUCAAAUGAGUGUCACCAAAGUUCAUGGUGGUCCUCCCCUCCCCUAUUGCUUUAAGCCACCUUGUAUGAGAAUGUGUUCGCGUGAAGGAACAGCUCAGAGCACCUUCACAAGUUGCCUUGGCUUACACCCUCCUCGCACCCACCUAGGGUGAGAGAGCCCCAAGGCAAGGAAAGUUUUCUCUCCCCAUAGUAUGUUCUUCCUGCCUCUUCCUCCUUUAGUCUGCUCCCAAAGGUACUAUGGCAGCUUAGCCUCUGGUACUGACUGCUUCUCAGCCCUGUCUAGGACGAGAGAAACUUUUUGGAGUAGGCGAACACGAUGGCAAGUGUCAGUUGUGGUCUAGGGCCCGAGAUCCCUUCGUAAGACUAGUUGCUCAGGGUGGUGCAGGGACAGGACCAAACCCUGCACCCACUUCCUACCCUCCUCUUCCCUGCAUGGGCCCUGAUCUAGGUUGAGCCACUGCCCUACUCUGCUGAAGACAUACUGUGUGCCUUUUCCUCGGCAGUGAGCAGCACUGGGCUAUUCCUGACCUAGGCCCUAGGGGAAACGGAUCAGUCUUUGAGGGUUUUAUUUGGGUAGGGGAGUACGUAGGUAAGUCAGGAGAAACUUUCCUCUGUUCCAUUACCCUUCUCAGGGACUCCUGAACAUUCAGCCUCUUCAGGCUGGUAGCCUCUUGCCUCCCUCCCUGAGAAUGCUGGCUGGGAGAGCCAGAAUGACCAGACUUUCCCCAAGCUCCUUAGCAUGUUUGUCUGAAGUGUUCUUAGCACCGUACUUCCUACACAACAGCUCUGACUGGCUGGUCAUCUCAUUGCAGGGCUGGGCUGUGUGUGUGCGUGUGUGUAUGUGUGUGUGAGAGAGAGAGUGAGAGAGAGAAGGAGGGGGAGAGACGAGGAUAUGGGAGUCAUUCCCUCCAGUUGCUGAACUGGUCGGCACCCCCAGAGAGAGGACCUGUGGUGGGAGCUGUGUGUGAAUUGUCUUGGGUCUCUAGUGCAUUCAUUAUGUUGGAGGAAGUCCAAGGACCCAGAACCACCCAGCAGGCACCACUGUGGUUUGUCAGCUGCUAAAAUGGAGAAGCACGUGCCCUACAGAGUGUGCUGCUGCUUCCAGUUUCUCUCCAGGACCUUCUCCUGUGCUGUGGCAACACUGCUGCUGGGGGGCAGUGGUGUUUUUCAAAGGGACCUACUGUAGCCACUUGAAUUUCUGAUCAUAAGCCUGAGUUUGACUAACAGUUGUGGACUUUCCAUUCUGUGUAUCUACGUGUAGUAACACCUAGUCUGGCGGGGGGGGGCGGGAUGUCUUCAUGAUACCAUGUAGCAGAUGUCACACUGGCCUCUGCAAAACUCUGCCGUCUUGUUUCUGCACUAGAAGUAAGUAGUCCUGUGAAUACACUGCCAUGUCACUCUUAUAACAUUACCAAUUUUAUAUUUGGACGAUGGUACUUGCCUCUUUUUAAAUCUUUCGUCUUUAACCUCCCCCUUCCCAUCUCAAAGCUCCCUUCCUAAUUGCAGCAAUAAUUUCUUAAAAAGCAAUUAAGUAAUUAAAUGUCCCGAAUCUUAA